ACGAAUCACACGUCACUUUUGAUCCAGCUCAGUGCACAAUAAUAACACCCAAUACUGUUCGGGAAGAAAAAUCAAGACGAAAUAGUGAAAAGUUUGAAUUUAUCGGAGAAGCAGUUAUUAUUUCGGAGACGAAUUGUCCUGUCCUGUUCACCUCGGACCAGUCGUUUUCAUGCUUUAGAGAACUUUCGUGUGUUGAGAUCCUCAAAUGUUCAGUUUUAUACUAAAUUUUGCCACACAACAUUCAGUGCCGAUGUAUGCGCAGGUGAACGAAAAAAGAAUCCGGCUGGAAUAAAAAAAAGUAUUGGUAUCGAUCAAAAUGAAAACAUUUUUUCUGCUAUGCGGAUUUCUGCUUAUGUUUGGAAAUGUUUGGAGUGAACUUGAACUAAAGGGACCAGAAGACGGCACAACCAAGCGGAAAUCUAGCGAAGAGACGAACACGGUAGAGUCUACAAGCGAAAAAGAACCUUCAGAUGACAGAAAAUCAGCAGAAGGACUGCUCAAAGACUAUCUGGAGAAUGAGGCGAAGGAGCAGCGGACGAUCGAGAAACUACCGGAUGACUUUCAAUUUAUGGGAACGCCAAUCAGGAUAGUGAAAGCACCGGAUUUAUCGCAGGACAAAGAAAGCCGAAAGAUGUCAGAGAUGCUGAAUGAGCUGUUGGAAAGUCACGAACGGAUGAUACAGAAGAUAGAAAAUGAAAUCGAUGAAAUCAAUCGGAUUGUCCCGGGAGAGGAGGAACUGGCGGUCAAAGAGUUGACCCCGGAAGAACUGGAAGCUCAGGAAGCGUACGAUCGUGCAUUGGCUGUGCUAAACAAAACAAAAGUAGAUAAGCUUCAGGGUCACAAGUUGAUGGUUGAGGCCGCAGAGAAAGGUCAUCCGUUGGCCAGGAGUCAAGUUGCUUGGGCGCAGCUUCUUGGUCAUCCAGUGCACAUAGAUAUUGAGGCAGCUAAGAAGACCUUUCUGGAACUAGCCGAUUUAGGGCUACCGGAAGCACAGAUGGGGUUAGGAUUUAUGUACGCUAGUGGAAUCGGGUUCAACGUCAGUCAAGGGAAGGCACUGGUUUACUACACUGUGGCCGCAUUGGGAGAUAACUCGUGGGCUCAAAUGGCUCUUGGGUACCGGUACUGGGCUGGCGUGGGGGUCCCGAACAGUUGCGAAACGGCUCUUGAUCACUACAGGAAGGUUGCGACUAAGGUCGCCAAUUUGGUUACCUUUUCUGGUGGGGCAGCGGUGCAUCGGAUCCGAAUAUUAGAUGAGGUCGAGAAUCCGGGGCCGAGUUCCGGAAUUCUGGACAGCGAUCUGAUUGAUUACUAUCAGCUACUAGCUGACAAAGGGGACGUGCAAGCACAGGUUGGAUUGGGUCAGCUUCACUACCAGGGUGGCCGUGGAAUUCCACUGGAUCAUCAGAAGGCGUUGCAAUAUUUCAGUCAGGCUGCCAAUGCCGGAAAUGCCGUCGCUAUGGCAUAUCUCGGCAAGAUCUAUCUGGAGGGAAGUGAUAUUAUCAAAGCGGACAAUGAUACUGCAUUUAAAUACUUCAAAAAGGCGGCCGAUCUUGGCAAUCCGGUUGGGCAAAGUGGUCUCGGCAUAAUGUUUCUGCACGGAAAGGGUGUCCCGAAGGAUACGGCUAAAGCAUUGAAAUUCUUUACACAAGCGGCAGACCAAGGCUGGGUGGAUGGACAGUUGCAGUUGGGAAACAUGUAUUUUAGCGGAACUGGCGUUAAACGAGAUUUCAAACUGGCCAAUAAAUACUUCAACUUGGCAUCACAGUCCGGUCACGUGCUUGCUUUCUACAAUCUAGGCCAGAUGCACGCCGUUGGUCUGGGAAUGAUGCGCUCCUGUCCGACAGCCGUCGAGUUGUUCAAGAAUGUGGCCGAACGGGGCAAGUGGGCCGAGCGUUUGAUGACGGCCUAUCAAGAUUUCCGUUCGUUCCGCUUUGAGGAAGCUUUCCUGCAGUACGCGUUGAUGUCGGAACUGGGAUACGAAGUGGCACAGAGUAAUGCAGCUUUUCUGCUGGACCGGGAUGAGAUUAAUCUAUUCAAGAACCGAGACGAAGAACUGAUACGGGCUUUGCAGUUUUGGGGACGGGCGGCUGCACAAGGAUAUUCUGCCGCUCAGGUUAAGCUCGGAGAUUAUCACUACUACGGGCUAGGAACGUUGGUAGACUUCGAGACGGCUGCUUCUCACUAUCGGACGGCUUCGGAGCAGCAGCACAACGCCCAAGCCAUGUUCAACCUUGGGUACAUGCACGAGCAAGGUCUGGGUAUGAAAAAAGAUAUCCAUCUGGCGAAACGAUGCUACGAUCUGGCAGCGGAAACCAGUGCCGAUGCAAAGGUCCCAGUGACGUUGGCUUUGAUGAAACUACAGCUUGUUUUCAAGCUAGAAUCACUUAAAGAGUCCCCAUUCAGUGUGCUGCUCAACCUGGAUGAAAACAUUGCCUCCAACUGGGAUCUAUAUCUGAUCACGUUCCUAACAAUACUAUUCGGAGCGGCCCUGUACUUCCGGAGGCCGAUUGCACCCGGUGCAGCAGCAAAUCCACAACAACCAGCAGCUGCUGCUGCAGAAGAGGUUCCGCUGGUCGAUAGAACUGCGACUGCCGCCGAAACGGCACCGACUGCAACGGACGGAUCAGCAAAUGUGCAAAGAAAUGUACGAGAGCAGCGCGAAGAUGCCCCCCAAUAAAGAGAGCACGGGUCCUCCUAGUUCACCUUCUGAUUUUUCUUUCUUUUAUUAUUCUUUUGGUUUAUGUUGAGGCAGCCUGCGAUUGUGGUUCACGGUCGAUUGAAAUGUUUCCUACAAUUUUUAUGCCCAUUAAUGUGUGAAAAUCGGUGGCAAAUCAUCGAAUGGAAAAUAACGAGACAUUAGAAUGAAUGUGAACUUAUUUUGUGAAUAAUAACGCAAA